CGCGAGCACCAAGCCAGAAGCCACAUCCGAGGCAGCUCAAUCCUUCUCCUCCUCGCUCUCGCCGUGAGCGCAUCGCCUCCUGCAAGCAAGCUAGGUCCAUGGCGGCGUCCGCCGGCAUCAUCAGCUCCCGCGUGCUCCGCGCGCUGGCCCUCGCCGGCGCCGUCUUCCUCUCCGUCCUCCUCGCUCCGGGCGCCUUCGCCGCCGAGGCCGCCGCGCCGCGGGCGGGGCUGGAGUUCCACGUCGGCGGGCCGCGCGGGUGGCGCGUCCCGGACGCCAACACCAGCUACGGCUGGUGGGCAAUGAACAACCGCUUCCACGUCGGCGACCGCCUCUAUUUCAAGUACGCCCACGACUCGGUGCUGGUGGUGGACCGGCCGUCCUUCGACGCCUGCAACGCCACCGAGCCGCUCGCGGCGUUCGCCGACGGCGCCACCACGGUCCGCCUCGACCGCCCGGGCUUCUUCUGCUUCAUCAGCGGCGAGCCGGGCCACUGCGAGCAGGGCCAGCGGCUCGUCGUGCGCGUCAUGGUGCACCCGGCACUGGCCGCGGCGCCCGGCCCUGCUGCCGCCUCCGCGCCCGGGACUUCGGCACGGCCGGGCCACGGAGGCGGCCGCCCCGGCGCGUCGUCCUCCGGCGCUGCCGCAGAGGUCGCUGCCGCCGCCGGCGUCGCCGUCGCGGCGGCGGUGGCUGCGCUCGUUGGUGUCGUCUUGGUGCUCCCGUGA